AUGACCCUUUUCUCUUUUCAUAUUAUCAUCAUAUUCCAUUUUAUCGUUGACGUUCUUUUCUCUUUUCACAUUAUCACCAUAUUUCUUUUUUCUCCUUUUCUCUUUUCACGUUUCUUUCUUUUUUCGUUAAUGUUCUUUUCUGUUAUCACAUUAUCAGUAUAUUUCUUCUUUUGCGUUAAAGUUCAUUUCUCUCUUCACAUUAUCGCCAUAUUUCUCUUUUUUUCGUUUUUUUCUACUUUAUUAGCAUAUUUCUUUCUUUUUUUCGAUAAUGUUCCUUUUCUCGUUACACAUUAUCGCCAUAUUAUUCUUUUUGUUAAAGUUCUUUUCAUUUUUCACAUUAUCACCAUAUUUCUUUCUUUUUUCGUUAAAGUUCUUUUCUCUUUUUACAUUAUCACCAUAUAUUGGCAAAGAGUCUAUAUAAAAGUCUACACAGGAGUAAACAAGACAGUAUCGAUAGAUAACAUCUAUGUGUCUAUGUCGACUUCUUUAGUAUUUUCAUUCUUUUUUUUUCUUUUGCCAGAACACAUAUCACGUGAUCGGUUGAUACUAAUACCACUUUAUAUUUAUCUCUUCUCAGAUCAAUCACAAGAUCUAGAUGAGUUUAUUCAUAUAUGUCUUUAUUUCUUUUCUUUUUUAUCGGUUUAUCAAUACUUUUCUCGCCGACAAUAUCUAUCUAGCUAUCUAUUUGCAUUUGUUCCUUUCCGCGUCAAUUUUCUCCUCCAUCGGUCUUUCGCCACACCCAUUUGCCAAUCUAUUUAA